GUUGGUAUGGAUUCCUCGAACGCGGUGGCACAGUAGGUACGAACAAACGCACUCCAGAAAUAGCGGACUGGAAGAUGGAAGGCCGACUUCUCGUCCCGACGAUGCUGCCAUCCCAGCAUUGCUCAUGCGGUCACCCUCGGCGAGAUAUCUGGUGGUCUAUUUUCACUGCAAUGGCGUGGAUUUGGGCAUGUGCAAAGGGUUCUGUAACGUACUUCGGAAGCAGUUCCGAGUGCAUGUGCUUGCCGUGGAGUAUCCGGGCUAUGGCGCGUGGCAUGCAGCAACAACACCAGAGACCAUCGUGGAUGCUGCGGGUUCUGCAUUGGACUUCAUCGUGGAGCAUCUUCAAUGGCCUUUGGAUUCGGUGAUGAUCUUCGGCAGGUCUAUAGGGACAGGUCCAGCCAUGGCCAUCGCGGGCAACCAACCUUUGGCAGGUCUAAUCCUGGUUUCACCGUUUCUUUCCAUCCAGGAGCUCAUUCGUGACAGGAUCGGAGGCCUUGCUGGCUUUUGCGAGGACUUCUUCGUGUCGAAGGACACUGCGCCAAAGGUGAAGUGCCCAACUUUUAUCCUCCAUGGUGAGGCGGAUGAGGUAGUUUGCAACACUCAUGGAAAGAUGCUGUACAAAAUGCUCCUGUCAAGAAAGCUUCUGGUCGUGCCUGCCGAAAUGCGGCACAACAGCAGCUUGCUGGGCAACCUGCAACACUUUGUUCUUCCAAUGUUUCACUUCUUCUCGCUUCCGGAACAGUGCACCCGAGAACUGCAGGUGCCAAUCUGGGCGUGGCAUCGUCGCCUGGUGGCCCAACAGGCGCAGCAUCCUUUGCCAACGCGGCUGCUGUCGGAGGAUUUCUCCGUCCACGACACCUCGGCUCGAGAUGCACCGUGUGAGGAUUGUGGUGAGGCGGUCGAGGUGGACUCUUUGUCAUCGAAAACGACGUCCGAGUCAUACAGCCAGCAGCCGGCUCCGGCAGUGAUGUCCACGGCAAGCUGGCCCGAGAUGCCGCAGCCGCAUCGGUCCUCGCGGGUUCACUUCAUGAG